GGACUUGAAAAUGGCUUAAAAUCAAAUGAGGAACCUCUCUUAAGGAAGAAUCCCCAUCGAUUUGUCAUCUUCCCAAUCCAAUACCCUGAUAUAUGGAAAAUGUACAAGCAGGCUCAGGCUUCUUUCUGGACAGUAGAAGAGGUUGACUUGUCAAAGGAUCUUGUUCAUUGGAACAACCUAAAACCAGAAGAGAAACACUUCAUUUCGCAUAUCCUAGCUUUUUUUGCUGCCAGUGAUGGAAUUGUUAAUGAAAACUUGGUAGAACGUUUUAGCCAAGAAGUGCAGAUCCCAGAAGCUCGCUGUUUCUAUGGCUUUCAGAUAUCAAUAGAAAAUGUUCAUUCUGAGAUGUACAGUUUGUUAAUAGACACCUACAUCAAAGAUCCCGAGAAAAGGGACUUUUUAUUUAAUGCUAUUGAGACAAUGCCAUGUGUCAGGAAGAAAGCAGAUUGGGCAAUGAAGUGGAUAACAGACAGAGAAGCCAGUUUUGGUGAAAGAGUGGUUGCGUUCGCUGCUGUCGAAGGAAUCUUCUUCUCUGGUGCUUUUGCAGCCAUAUUUUGGCUCAAGAAGAGAGGGUUAAUGCCAGGCCUUACUUUCUCCAAUGAACUUAUUAGCAGAGAUGAAGGGCUCCACUGUGACUUUGCUUGCCUGAUUUUUCAGCAUUUAGUGAAUAAACCUUUGGAGGAAAGGGUGAAAGAGAUCAUUGCCAAUGCGGUUGAAAUUGAAAAGGAGUUCUUGACAGAGGCCUUACCUGUGGGGUUGAUUGGAAUGAAUUGUUCUCUGAUGAAACAGUAUAUUGAAUUUGUGGCUGAUAGGCUGCUCCUGGAACUGGGUUUCCCUAAGAUCUUUCAAGCAGAAAACCCUUUUGACUUCAUGGAAAACAUUUCCCUGGAAGGAAAAACCAAUUUCUUUGAGAGGAGAGUUUCAGAAUAUCAACAUUUUGCAGUUAUGUCCCAAGCAAAUAAUAAGGUAUUUACUUUAGAUGCUGACUUUUGACGCUGCCUACUUGGAAGACUGACAAAGCCAAACUUCACCAUCAAUGACUACGUUUUAUUCACUAUUGAUAGUUGAUAGAAAAGUUUCUACAAAUAGGUUACAGGUUGUGUGCAUUUAUACACUCUUAACAAUUUAUUCUGUAACAUCAUGCAACUUUUCUAAAACUAUAUUGUGACAUUUAGCUGAUCAUUUUGAUAAAAUCCAAUCCCAUCAUUAGAGUGGAAAGCUUUUAUGAUGAUGAGAAUGACUACACUAUAACAUUCCUUCCUACCUCAGUUCUUGAACUGAUCUGAGAUGAAAGACAUACUCCUUUGUCUUAAAGGAAUAUUCCAGCAUAAAGUCUUGGUUAAUGCUGGGAUGGGAGACCAUCAGAGAAACUUAAGACUACAAGCUAGACUCGAAAAACAUUCUAGGCAAUGGAAAACCACUUCUGCAUUGUUUCAAGGAUAGCAACAUGGACAUGACCACGUAAUCAGCAGGUAUCGAAAUUGACUCAGUGGAGAUUUUGUUUUUAUGCAAGAGAAAAUUGUACUUGGGAAAAUGAAGAAGAUGACAAGAGCACUUUAUAAUCCUUUAAAAGCAUCAUUCAUUUUGGUUAGUCAAAUCAGCACAAUGUCUGAACUAAUGUGUUUUGGAGGGAUUUUUUUCAUUUGGCCUCAAAACUUCAUUUUGACUUUAAACUUGAUUGCAGCAACCCACAUGACAUAGAACUGAUCACCUAACACAAAUGUUUGGCUUAUUCAGCACAAUGAACCAAGAUAGCUUGUUCUUGUUAUGCAAACAUAGCUAUUUUCGUAACAAAUUAGUGCUUAAAGUAAUGUGUGAACAGUAUCUGUGUUUAUAUGACAUACUGAUCCAAAAACUAUCCAGGGCAUUUUAAGUUAGUGUUUUGCCUGAACCCAGACUUUAUAAUUAGUUUUUGGUGUGUCAUGCAGACUUAGAAAAUUGGGGUAAUUGAAUAAUUUAUGCAUAAUGAUAUCAUAUGAACUUAGCUUCAUUGUAUGUAGUGGGAUAAGAUUUAAGCUUUUCCUUACUUAGCAUGUGAGCAAUGAAAAACAGAUGACUACAAAAGUAUACUUUAAAAAGAGAAAAUAUAGAAGUAAUUGACAAAACCGAAGCUUCCUUUGUGAAACAUCAUAGCUAAUGUUUAAGUGGGAAAACCAGUUUUGUCAAACUUUCUGUAUGUAUGAGCAUCCAAUAAAGGGAGUGGGUAGGGCAGAGGGAGAGAUAAUUUAAUAAUGCUCAAGAUAUCAUUGUUUUUUUCUUCUGGAAGUUGCACCUAGUACCUUCCAGAUAUCUUGGACCUUCAGCUCCCAUAAUCUUUGAGUUAUGAGACAGUUUUAUUCAUCACUGUUCCAGUCCAAAUAGAAUCACAAUUUAAGGAUGAAAUAUAUCAUAGGGAUGAAAUAAAUCAUACCCUAAUAUUGUCAGGAAUUGAUGAAGGUUUGACACAUUGUGCUAAGCCGUUGUAAGGUUUGUGAUGUGUGAUCAGUUAAUUGUGGGUUACAGAUUAGAAGUUGAGUGUAUUGUUUGAACCCAUCAUAGCUUUAAAGCUGAAAAAGUUGCAAAAUUGCUUUUUCAGGAACUGUAAUAAGAAAAAGCAGUGUUAGAAAGUCAGUGGCUAAUGAACUCAGCAAGUUUUACAUUAGAGUAAAUAUGUCAAUAAUUGUACUAUCAGUGUGAGUUCUUAAAGAUCUGAAGUUUAUAAAGCUUUCCCUUUUUUGGUCCGUGCAAAUUUGUUUGGUCUUGAAUUCAGCCUUAGUUAAGGAAACAGGCCUUCUCAUCCACUUCAUGGAAGUAAAUGAGAUAUUUUGUUGGAUGUAUUUUAAAGCUUUUUCAAAUAUUCCUGUUUCAUGUAUAAGAUUCUGAUUUAGUCAUUUUAUUAAUGACAUAAAACUUGCAUUAAGUCUUGUAAAAUCUUUUUAAUUCAGUUUAAUUUAUUUUUUCACCAGUUAAAAUGUCAUAAAUAUGAACUAGAAUGGACAAUGUAAAGAAUGCUUCAUAGUUUGUCACUCAUAC